CUUACUGAUGCCUUUAUUUGUCUGACAGUGAGUGUUGCUCCUCAUCCUCACUCAGCAGUGUAUUUAAGCACACUCCAGCCUGUUGGUGGAGGUAAUGCAACGCUCCCUCUGUGCAGCCCUCACGCCAAAAAAGGACGGGCAGGAGCAACUGAGGACAGCCGAACUUCAGCCUGGUGUCAACAUGGGGCUGCAGACUCAACCUCUCGUCUCUGCGAAAUGGCUCGCAAACAUGCUCAAGCGCAAUCUCGUCGGGCCGAGCCUGCGGAUCCUGGACUCGUCCUGGUACCUACCGAGCAUGAAACGAGACGGCAAGAAGGAGUUCGCGACGUCUCACAUCCCGGGAGCUUCGUUCUUCGACAUCGACGAGUGCGCGGACAGGAGCUCAAAGUUCGAUCACAUGCUCCCCACAGAGGAGGCUUUCUCCGACUACGUGGGGAACCUGGGCGUCGGGAACGACAGCCAUGUGGUCGUGUACGACGCCAGCGACUUCGGGUUUUUCACCUGCACCAGGGUCUGGUGGAUGUUCCGCUUCUUUGGCCAUCCUCAAGUGUCGGUGCUGAACGGGGGGUUCAGGAACUGGGUCAAACAGGGUCACCCGGUCUCAGGGACGUACACCCGGCCAGAGCCGGCCCGCUUCACCGCCACCAGGAACCACCCCUCCUGGGUGAAGUCGUUCCAGGACAUCACCCGCAACAUUGAGACUCAGGAGUACCAGGUGGUGGAUGUGAGGCCAUAUGGCAGGUUCUGUGGGAAGGAACCGGAGCCACGAGAGGGUGUCAAACCGGGUCACAUCCCCGGCUCUAAGUGCAUGCCUUUCUUUGGGUUUGUCGAUGAAGAUGGCAUGAUGCUCUCCACAGAGCAGCUGAAGAAGUUCUUCGAGAACUCAAAAGUGGACCUGAAUAAGCCGCUCUGUGGAUCCUGUGGCUCUGGAGUGACCGCCUGUCACAUGGUGCUGGCUGCCCACCUGUGCGGUGCCCCAGGGGCUGCCGUGUAUGAUGGAUCCUGGUAUGAGUGGUUCACCAAGGCUCCACCAGAGCAUGUUGUCUCUGACGUCAACAAGCUGUGAGGGGGACCAGCAUGACAAAGUUGAAUACACAGAUUAGCAUUAAAUAACUUCCUGUACCACUGAUUUAUACAUUUCAGCAGAGAUUUAAACUUUAAAAAUAGAUGAUAGGGUUGCACAAUUAAUCAAAUAUCAUCGGAUCACAAUAUGCCCACAUGCAAUAACCAAAAUCACAGAAACUGCAGCUUUUUGAAAAAGGUAAAACUUUUGACAAACAGUAUUAUAAUGAGGUAGUGUAGUGCUGCUGAGGGAAAAAGAAAAGGAAAAAAAAAACAUGAAUCACAUCAAUCAUAAUAUCUGCCAAAGUAGUCACAGUAUUUCUUUACUGUAUAUUGCAGCCCAAAUCUGUCCUGUGUGAUUGGAAGCUUGUUGGAGGAUGUGCAUGUUAACUCAGGCUCUAGAUUAUGGAAUGUUUGUUGGCAGCAUAGAUGUAGAUCUGAGAGAUAAACUUAAUUUUAUUUUUGUUGGAUGUAAAACAUUCUCUUGUAUGUCAAAAUGUGUGGGAAAUAACUGUUGUGAUUUAAUUUCAACAGCCCUUGAAGGUGCAAUAUGUAAGAAUUUCGCCAGUUGUCAAAUUCAUACUCAAAACAAAUAGGGGCCAACAAAUCACCAGAGUAACUGCUCACUGCUCUGCUAACUAUCACUUUCCUUAGCUUGUUAGCUCAGCUAGUGGUUCAGACUGGGAGCUCAGGACCAGGGGAGUGUUGGUGUUUACCCCACUACCAUAGGAGCUUUGGAUGAGGACGGCCAGUGCUAGAUGGUUAGCAUGCUAACUACAGUAUAUCUCUGUGACACAAUUAAUAGACAUUUUAAUGUCAAAACUGCUAUUUAUAGCAUUGUUGAUCAUUUUUACUGGAUUUGAAAAAAAAAAUAUUCAAUUAAAGAUUUUUGGCAUUCUGUCAAAUUAAUACUAAAAGACAAAAAGGAGGAAGCAUAUCACUAGAUUAACUGCUAACUGCUGCUAACAUUGUUUGCUAGUUAGCUCAGUUAGCUUAGUCAGCUGUGCAGCUAGCGGUCCAGACUGGGAGAAACCAGGGGACUAUUGGGUGUUCACACUGCAGAUUUGCUUGGGACUGGCUUGGGUUAGUUGCCUUGCAUACCAUCUUCAGUUGAUAUCUCUCCAACUCACCAGAGGAAUCGUUUACUGCUGCUGACCAUAGCUGCCGUUAGCUAAUUAGCACAGUUAGCAGUGCAGGUAGCAGUUUCAGACUGGGAGCUCAGGCACCACGGGAGUGAUAGUGUUCAGAGCCCUAGUAGGAUUUUUGGACCUAGGUUAGCUGGUUAGCAGCCUAACUUCAGUCAAUACGUCUGCAACACAAUACAUACACAUUGCAAUACAUUCUGGUGAUAAUCUUUAAUGUUUUAAUGUUUUCAUCAACAUUCUUCCAUGUUACAGAAAUAAAUUAGUAACAAAUGUUUGCAGCCUAUAAAAUCUGAAGAUGGUGCUAUAAUUCAAAGAGAAUCAUUUUAUUUUAUUCUGUUUUUCAGCUCCUGUGAAAUCAUAAAUACAACUAAAUGUUGAAUAUUAAAAGCCUUCUUCCACUUUGGUGCCAGCCCUUCAUGGAAGGACAGUAUAAGGCACAGCCUGCUGGUGCUGGAGUGGAUGUGCACUUUGUGAAGAUGUGCCUUGGAAAUCUUUGUUUGUUGUCUGAGUUUCUGUUCACUGUAAGAUAAACCAGUUAAAUAAGCGA